AUGACCAUAGACAACCUGGCUAGCGUAUUCGCGCCAAACAUUCUGCGCCAGGCCGAAGAGGAUCCAGACAUUGAGAUGGCCGCUUCCCCCAUUCUGACAGUCACCGUAGCCGGAUUCAUCAGGUCGCACAGAGAACUCUUUCUACGUGACCUCAUUUCCCUGGCACAGUUUGAAUCUGUCGCU